AUGUACAAACUUUAUAGGGUAUUGAGGGAAGAGAUACUUGCACUUAAGAUUUCAAAGGCCAGUGCCGCCACCAAAAUCACUGCGCUAGCCAACCCCAAGCGAAGUACCAGAGCGCCAACCCCAGCAAGUCUCAAAGCUAUCAAGACCCCUUCCAUAGAAGUUGCUGUACCAAAAAGGAGAGGCCGUGUUCCCAAUGCCUUAAAGCUAGGUAAUAGCUCUGCCAAAUUCUCUGCAACAAGCACCAAAUCAAAACUGGCCACCAAAGAAGAAAAAGAGACUGUGAAUAAGAUAGAGAAGACACUAAGCCAAAAGAAGACAACCAGACUGAAAAAAGAGGAAAACGAGACUGCUGACAAAAGAGAAAAGACGCCGAGCGAAAAUAAGACACCGGAAUUGAUCAAGGAGGACUCCGCUGCAAAUGAAGUAGAUAUACCACUUCUCGGAAGGAAGGAAACUAGAGGAAGGCCCAGAAAAUAUCCACGCAGCACCAAUGGUAAAUCUGUGAUACCAACUCCUCCAUUGAAAUCUGGAGAAGUACGUAAAAAACGUGGACGUCCUCUGAAAAAUGACUUGUUGAUGAGGGAGAAGUUGGGCACAAUAGUAGGGGAGAAGAGGAAAUGGGUUGGAAACGAUGUAGUUGGGCCAACAACGACAAAAAAACUGAAAAUAGCGGGGACAACCAAGGAGACAGCGAACGUGGUUUCCAUGUCCCCAUCAACAAGUGUUGAAACCGAAAACGAAGAAUCUCAAGAAAAAAUUCCGUCGAUGCAGGGUGCAACUAUUCAACCAAUUUCGAAAGUCAUUCCGCCCCAUCACGCAACCACAUCACCAAAUGUUCACAAAAAUAGUAUCAACCAUUUGCUUUCCAAUGAAAUGCCACCAGCGCCUUCUCCAUAUUCGUUUCCUAACUAUGACCCUAGAACCCCCACUGCUCCACCGGCAGCACCGUAUCAACAGCAGAUACCACCUCCAUCUUCAUCGUCGUAUAACAGUGGCUAUAGUCCAAAUCUCCAGCCUUAUCCCGGGCAGCAAAGCUCGCCAAUACCAGCAGUAGCAGCAGUGCCACCUCCGCCAAAUCGUCAUCAUCAUCAUCAUCAUCAUCAGCUACAACAUCCGCAACAACUACCACCAUAUCUACGUCAGCAAUACCAGCACUCUUUGCACCCACCGUAUCCUUUGCAUAAUGGGCCACUGGCGCAAGUUCGCUACCCUCCGCAGAUUCCUCACCAUCCAGUUGACUAUGGCUCCCAGAUGCCGCCAGCACCAGCACCAGCACCAGCACCAGGAGCAGCAUCAGCACCGGCAUCAGCACCGGCACCAGCACCAGCACCAGCACUAGUACUAGCACCUGAACCACACCAAUAUCCACACGCACGACCACGCCAGCAACAGUCGCUGCUAGCCGAGCCUCCAUCUAGAGGAUCAAAUGGUCGUAUACCAAUCACGUCCAUAAUAUCUCAAAAGAUUGAUGCAAGAGAACUUCCAUCGAUGAUGCAUGAAGAUGACACCACAAGAGAAGAAGAUGCCGAAGAUGCCGAAAGUGGGGGAGAAGACGAAGCGGAAGGAGACGGGGAGGGAGAGGAUGACACCGACGAAGAGUUCGAAGAGGAUGAAGACGAGGAAGAAUACAGAGUUCAUAAAUCAAAGCGGACAAGACGCAAUAAAAGCAAAUACGGUGUUGAUCGCGAGAAUAUCAAGAUCAACAAACGGAUCAUGUCGCAGGAUACCGAGGAUGUGAUUAAAAUGUUUAAGAAAUUUGACAAUGAAGUCUUGAGCAACCCUGAGGCCAGAAAGCGAUUAAAAAAGUUGGACAAUUUUUUUGUCACUGGUGAAUUGAUGAAGGAAUUUUAUGAAGAGCAGUAUGCCAUGAGUUCUUCUAGUAAUCCAGCAAUCAGAUUGAGGAAAAUGGAUCCUGCGUUUUCCAAACUACAUGAAAUCAACUGCUUGGUUUAUAAUUUGGAUAGAAGAGGAAUACCGAACCGCCACCUUCCAUUGGAUUUUGUGGCGUCCAAAGAGUUUGGAGGAGUUCUGGGCGAGUUUGAAAGAGAGGCCAUUCUGGGUGGUAAUGAAAAGCUGAAGGGCAGAAAUUCGAGGAUGAAAAAGAACAGAUCUGAUAAUUUUGCGAUUUCAAUAUAUGCACCAGAGAAUGGUAGGAGACCCAAUCACGGCAUUGACGGUGGUAAUCAGACGCUUUUGGUGAAUCCAUACGUACCCCCACCUCCUUCCUCCUCUCAAGGGCCCCAUUCAAUGCCUCCAUUGUCAUCGAUGGUACACGAGAAUAGUCAAGGGCAAUUCCAGCAUCAACAGAGAGGAGAAGGACAUAGUGGACAGUAUUAUCAAACGCAUGGGGCGCAAAGUCACAAUGACAGUGUUACACUGUCUCUGUCACUUUUCCAACCAAAUGGAAAUUCGCAAUCCACUUCACCAAUACUCAUGUACCCGAAGAAGAUUACGAAAAGAAACAUUGAAGAAAUCAGACGCUCAUUUGUUCAAUUAUGUACCGAAAUCAACACUUCAUUACAGCGAGCAGUUGGAGUUGAGCCAGCUUUUGUUUCCGAUUUAGCCACGAAAGUGAAUGCCCUGCUUGACAAGUUUGAUUUCGAAUUGAAUGGACCAAGACCGCCACAACCACCACCACCGCAAACCACAUCUACCGGCGUGCCCAUUUACGAUUUACAACCAAACUCAUACACAGUGUAUGAGAUUCUUGAUGAAUGGUUCAACUCCACGCCGCAACGGCUCAGUGUAGCUCAGCGGAUUGAGCGGUAUGGAGAAGAACGGAUCCGCGAUGAGUUUGAGUACAACACUUUUGUUGAGCGGCGUAGUGUUGUUGAAUUUGUUGAGCGAUUGAGUAGAGAGACCAAAGUUGACAUUUGGGUGAUUGCCAACGAUUGUGACAAGUAUAUUCGAGAUAAGUCGAUUUUGGAUGAGUUUAUUAGUGAGAUUGAGUUGGAUGUGGAUGACUUGUUCAAGAGGAUAUUGAGGUAUAGGCAGAGAAGAGGAUAG